AUGAAGAAGUUUGAGGUAGGUGGUAUAGUAAUAUUGGCUUUCGAAUUAAAAGAAUCAGAGGCUUGGAGAUCACAAAAUCGAGCAAAUCGGUUACAUCUAUUAAAUCCUGAGACCAGACCAUUAUUAAUCCGGUUUCAGACCAUGUUCUAA